AGUUUUCUCCGCCCGCACUCAAAACGUCAUCGAUCGCCGCAUCGUCGUAGUGAAAAAUUACGAAAACAAUCGGCAAAAAGUGCGUAAGUCACGCGAGUAAUACGCAAAAUUGUGCAAAUUCGGUUGGGAAGUAUGCGAUUUUAAUAAACCACACGAUGGCAACUUCGUUCUGUGGAAAACGUCUACUUUUGACGCGCUUCAAUCUGUUGGCAAACCAGAAGCGCCACGGUUAUAUUGUGCUUGUCCCGGAAAUCGGUGAAGACUUACCGGAACGGAAUCCUCUGACCAAAACAGAAAAUGGUUUACCGGAGUUCAACAGUGUAACGAUCGAGCGAUGCGUCGGAACGAUUGGCCAGCAGACGGCGGGCGUGGAGCGUUCGGUAAAGGCCAUAGAGGAGAAGAUUACUGCUGCUGCCGCUGCCGAUGGUGCACCGGGAUUGGAUCCGAUAAAGGAUAUAUUUGUUCCGAUCGAGACGGUGUCAGUGCCACUGGAAACCACUUGGGGUGUAGCAAAAACGCUUUAUCUGGGGAACAGUUCCAAGAUGCCGACCAAAAGUUACAUGACCAUCCACGAACGGGCCAGAAGUGCCAGAAGCCGCAAAUUUAACAGUUUACCAAUUUAUCGUGCUUUGAAAGCGGUCGAGAGUGCCGCUGACAAACGAAAAUAUUCAUCCGAAGAGAAACGAUUGAUUAAUAAAUAUUUGCUGGAAUCGAAACUGAAUGGAAUUGAAGUGACGGAUUCGGGUCAAGAUGAAUUGAAGGAAAUUUUGAUAAACUUAGGAAAAGAACGGUCCAAAUUUCACGGCAAACGAGAAGUUGCAGUAAAAAAAUUCACUCACAUUGUCAAGGAUGCUGAGAUAAUGCAAGAAUUCCCUCCUUCCCUACUUCAGGCGUUGGCCAUUGAUCAAGCGCAAGUCGUUAAAGGACCCUGGAAGAUCACACUGCAACCGUUUGUGGUUCAAAAUUUCCUAGAAUACUGCCCGGAUCGGACCCAAAGGUGGAACCUUUGGCAGGCUGAUACUCGAAAAUGCUCAAACUUUUCCGGCAAAGGACUGGAAAACAGUACCCACCUGGAAACGAUCCGGUCACUGAGAAAGCGUCAAGCCAAACUACUGGGAUUCGAAAGCUUUGCGCAUAUGUCGAUGCAAACGAAAAUGGUCGGUUCGGUAGAGCAGCUUCAGGGCACUUUAGACGAACUGCUGCGCUAUGCACGGCCAGCUUUGGACGAUGAAAUGGCUGCCCUGGAACAGUUUGCCGGGGAGAAUGGCUACAAAGGGGUUCUGGAUGUUUACGACGUGCCGUACUGGAAGCGAAGACAGCUGAGCGAAUUGCAUCAAUACGACAAAGAAGCACUGAGAGAAUAUUUCCCGAUGCCGAAAGUUUUGAGUGGAUUGUUUCUGCUAUCGGAAGCACUGUUCGGUAUUAGAAUUGUCGAACGGUCCGGCGUAGAUACGUGGCAUGAGGAUGUUAGAUUUUACGAUAUUUUCGAUUCGGAGAAGGGCGCCGAACCGAUUGCGGGAUUCUACACGGAUCUGUACUCUCGGGAAGACGAGAAAAUAUCGGUCGCCGGCAACAACGGAUGGAUGGUGGGAAUCGUAAACAGAAGUGUGGUUGCAGGAGAGAAACCGCUGGCGGCACUAAUCUGCAAUUUUCCUGCCCCAUUGUAUGGCAAACCAUCGCUGCUGACGUUGGACGAUGUGCAGAUACUGUUCCAUAAGUUUGGUCACGCCCUCCAGCACAUGCUCACCGAAACACACUACAGCGAAGUGGCCGGACUGUCCAACGUCGAAUGGGAUGCCGUUGAAAUAUCUGGUUUCGUGUUGACUAGUCUGCUACGUGAUUCCGAUGUGAUUCGUUCGAUCAGCAGCCAUUAUGGAUCGGGGGAAACUCUUCCGGAUGCGUUGAUUCAGUCUAUUCAGAAACGUUGCACGCAUCUCGCUGGAUAUGACCUUUGCCGGGAACUUUACUUUGCCAAUCUUGAUUUGGAACUGCACCUACGAACCGAUUACUGGUUGGACAUAGUGAAGAAACUUUAUCCACUGUAUCACACUUUCCCACUGGACAAGAAAGACUCUCAUCCCUGUUCGAUGACCACCAUUUUUUCCGGUGAUUGGGGUGCGGCUUACUACAGUCGCCUCUGGUCCCGGAUGGUGGCAGCCGAUGUUUACAAAGCAUUUGCCGAUGCUAAAAAUAAGAACCAGGAAGCAGAGGUCGGUCGUAGAUUCCGGGAUACAUUUUUGGCACGGGGUGGUGGCUGUCAUCCGUCGGAAGUUUUCCGACAAUUCCGUGGAAGAGACCCGGCACCGAAAGCAUUACUGCAGGAACUUGGUAUCUACCAACCGGCGCACGCACCCGUACCGAAACCGAAGGAAGAAUAAUAGUCUAUUGUGUUGAUUGAUUGAAUGUUAUUGAAAAAAAAAAACAGGUUAAUAAAUAUUCAACCGUGCUGUUA